UUUUUUUAUUACAGUACAGUAGUAGACUAAUAGAGAACAGUUUGCGUACGUUGAUUUCUUGAUUUGAUGUGUGAAUUUUCCUUUUUUUCUGUUGCGUUUUCGAAAGUAAUUGAGUUAGGAGGAUUACAAGAUGUUUAUAACGAUAAAAAGAGGACUUCAAAAAUUUAUGACAAACCGUGGAGGACUGGCGUUAACACAGCGAUUAGCUAGGAGUACUGCUGUUUUAUACGACACCACUGAAUAUCAAUUUAUGCAGAUGAGCAAAAUUCCAACAUUACAUUUUCAAGCAUCCUUACCUCGUUUACCGAUACCAAAACUUGAAGACUCGUGCAGGAGAUAUCUGAAUGCGCAGAAACCUCUGUUGAAUCAGAAGGAAUUACAGAACACAUCGUCCUACAUCUCAAAAUUCCUUACCAGUGAGGGACAGAGUUUACAAAAGCUGUUACUCCAACAUAAUGCAGAGAAUCCACACACCAGUUACAUCAGCGAACUGUGGUUCGAUAUGUAUUUACAAGAUCGCAAACCUUUGCCGAUCAAUUAUAAUCCUUUCUUAAUUUACGUGCCAGAAUCUGAUCCGAAAUAUAAUGCGCAAUUAGUAAAAGCGACAAAUAUUGUCGUAUCAUCGUUGAGAUUCUUAAAGUCGCUCAAGAAUAACAUUCUGGAGCCAGAGGUGUUUCAUAUGAAACCUGACAAGUCAGACACUCCAUUAUUCCGCAACGUUACAAGAUUGAUCCCAUCUCGCUUUAGCUGGUAUGGCGCUUAUCUGUUCAAGGCUUUUCCACUAGAUAUGUCCCAAUACAAGAAUCUGUUCAAUACAACUAGAAUACCGGAGUUAGGAAAAGAUAGAAUCUUUCAUGACCCCUCAGCUAAGCAUUUGGUUGUACUGAGGAAGGGUCAUUUUUACGCGUUCGACGUUUUGGAUGCAAACGACUCCAUUCGUAGUCCUAAAGAGAUAGCUGCGUGCCUAAAAACCAUUUUGGAAGAUGAUAGGCCAGCAAAUAAAUAUCCCGUAGGCGUUCUUACAUCGUCAGAAAGGGAUCAUUGGGCACGGGCACGCUCACAUUUAGUCGAAACAGGGAAUCGAGAAAUUCUUCAGAAAAUCGAUUCAGCUGUAUUCGUAAUGAUCUUAGAUGACGAAAUUAUUGGUACCGACUAUUACAAGCUUUUUAAAACAUAUUUACACACAGACGGUACAAACAGAUGGUUUGACAAGUCGUUUUCCCUUAUUGUUUCUAAGGAUGGCUACGGUGGAAUCAACUUUGAGCAUUCAUGGGGCGAUGGUGUCGCGGUACUCAGAUACUUCCAAGAUGUGAAAGCCGAUAUAUCGAAAAAACCUAGAUUUCAUCCUAAUGAAGUAGAUGAUCUUUCUAAAGAAAACGUAAACGUAGAGAGACUACAAUUCUCUCUAGAUGCGAAAAGCAAAAGUAUCAUCGAUCAGCAAAAAGCAGAUUAUCAAGCAUGGGUGAAUCGACUGUGCGUCGAUUUUAUGGUUGAUGAAGAGUUUGGUAAGGAUCAGUGUAAGAAGCUUGGGGUAAGUCCAGAUGCCAUGAUGCAGUUGGCAUUCCAGUUGGCAUUGUAUACCCUAGAAGGCAAAUCGGUACCAACUUAUGAAUCUUGCAGCACAGCUGCAUAUAAACACGGCAGAACAGAAACCAUCAGACCUUGUACACUAGAGACUAAAGCGAUUUGUAUCGCUAUGACUCAGAAGCAAAUCGAGCUUUCUAAAUCAGAGCUAAAAAAGAUGAUACUUGAAUGUAGUAAAACUCACAACGUGCUUACGAAAGAGGCUGUAAUGGGUCAGGGAUUUGAUAGGCAUCUAUUCGCUUUGAGAAAAAUUUCAGAGAAAUCGGGUUUCACUAAGUCAGCCAUUUUUCAAGAUUCCGCUUACGAUGCUUUAAAUCAUAAUAUAUUGUCUACAUCUACUUUAUCAAGCCCAGACAUAUUGGGUGGUGGAUUUGGACCAGUGGUACCUGACGGCUAUGGAAUUGGAUAUACGAUCCAAGACAAACGUUUGGGUUCAACCGUAGUGAGUUAUGAAGGCAGUCAUAACGCCAGUCAAUAUGUGCAAGCGCUAAAAUAUGCAUUCAAGAGCAUCCAUGAUGUAUUACAUACAUAAGACAAGCAUUAUGGUUGUGUAAUUUGCUAUAUACAUACAUUUAGUUACAUCUUUAUUUGGAUGUAUCUUCACCGAGAUCAUUGAGUUAUUAUAUAAUAUUGUACAUUAUAAGAGAAUGUUUAUAAUCAUGUUGUAUCAGAGGUAGGCACAAAUCGUCUUUGGAAUCUUAAAGAGAAAGCAAUGAUGAUGACGAAUAUUGCCUCUGAUAUUAGCUCGAAAAUUUUUAUACAAUUGUUAAAUAAAUAUUUUUAGUACUUUUGAAGGGAUUGAUA